GUUUGACAGACUUAGUUUGUGUUUUGGCAUGCACCAUGGCACUUCAAGAGUCAGGUCAUUCAUUCGUCUCGGUUGAGUUUGAAGUAUUUGGAAAAGUACAAGGUGUUUACUUCACCAAAUAUUGCAGAGACCGAAGCACAGAACUUGAUAUUGUCGGAUGGGUAAAGAACAGUAAAAGAGGAACUAUAAUGGGCAAAAUGCAAGGGCCAAAAUCAAAUGUUGAAGUAAUGAUCGCAUGGUUAUCCAAUGAAGGAAGUCCAGGAAGUAAAAUUGAGCGUUGUGAUCUGAUGAACUUCGAAUAUUUGGCAAGGAAAGAGUUCAAUGGAUUUAGCAUAAGAUUUUAAACAUCUUUAAGAAAUAAUAUUUUAUUUAUGCAGAUAUUAUAAGGGAAAAUAUAAAAACCCUAAAAUAUUGAUAUAAA